GUUAGCGUCCUGCCGUAUCUGAACAACCUGGCCAGUGAAGACCUGAGAGCUCAACCAGACCAGCUGAUGGCUGAAUACUAGUACAGCACUGCAUGAUUUUUAAAAUUUAGACAUGUAAACAUUUCUGUUUACAGCCAGGCUUCAGGAUUCUGUUAGAGAACCAAAAGUAGCUACCAUGAACACUGAGGCACUUCAACAUCUGGAGGCUCCGAGCUCUUUGUGAUGGUACCAGGGAAGAGGAAGACUGUGAUAAAAGAGAAGCCCAGCCUCCGUCACUGCCAGUUAAAAACAGCCAGAAUGGAGAAGUUCUCCAGUGAAAUGUUCUUCAUUCUUGCUGGAUUGAAUGAGACAAGGGGAGACAAAAAUAUCUACUUUGGCUUUUCUUUUGUGUCCUACCUCUGUACGCUUUUUGUAAAUCUGUCUCUCAUACUAAUCAUUAUCACAGAGAAGAUUCUCCAUGAGCCCAUGUUCAUCUUCCUGUGUAAUCUCUGUGUUAAUGGCAUUUAUGGAGCUACUGGUUUUUACCCCAAGAUUCUCCUUGAUCUUAUAUCAAAUUCUUGCGUUAUUUCAUACAGCGCAUGUAUACUUCAGAUUUGCCUGGUCCACUCUUAUAUGCUUUCUGAACUGACAAAUCUAACAGCAAUGGCUUAUGACAGGUAUGUUGCAAUUUGCAAACCAUUGGAGUAUCACUCCAUCAUGACACCACAGAGGCUGAGGAGCCUGAUAUUAACUGCCUGGUUUUUUCCUUUAAGUCAGAUUUUGAUGGGCGUAUUGCUGACGGUCAGGCUGCCUCUCUGUGGUAUUAGGAUUGAAAAGGUUUACUGCUCCAAUUGGGACAUUGUUAGAUUAUCCUGCUCUGAUUACUUUUUGAACAAUCUUCAUGCCUACUCUAUUAUUGUUUCAUGCCUUAUUCAGUUUGGGAUGAUCGUGGUCUCCUACAGCCACAUCGUCAGGGCGUCCAUAAGAUCCCGGGCAGAACAGAAGAAGUUCAUGGAGACCUGCCUGCCCCACCUGAUCACUCUGAUGAACUUCAUUCUUUCCCUUCUUUUUGAUGUCAUGUACGCACGCUAUGGCUCCAGCAGCAGCCUUCUGCCCCUCCGUAACGUGCUCUCUAUAGAGUACCUCGUCGUUCCUCCCCUGCUGAACCCCCUCAUUUACGGCCUCAAGCUGAAGCAGAUUCGUCGCAGUGUCUGGAGGCUGCUGUACAGAAAAGUCAGUGUGCUGACAUAGAUCUCUUGUUAACUGUUAUGGAAACUAUGAAAGUGGAUCAACAUUUCAUCUGACUGUUGGUGUUUCUCUUCUCUGUGACAUUAUUAGAAUCAUAUUUAGAUACCAUGCCUGUAACGUAGUGAUGUCAGAAACAUGUGCGCUGAUUCCCUCUUCUCCAUGUGGGGGGGAUUGGGGGGGGGGGCUCUACACUCCCUGGGCUGCUCUGGUUUCCCCUGGAUGCUGAGGAUUCCUACUGCUGUCCAAUCAUAUGAAGUGAGGGGAUCUGGCGUCUCUAAAUCACCCAGAGCAUGUGACUGUCUAAGAGUGUCAAUAAGCGCAUGUUACAGUGAACUGGAGUCCCAUCCAGUAUCUACCCUGGCCUGGUGCCAUAUUCUCCUUGUGAUUGGCUUCAGCCCCACCCUGCCACAACCCACAACACAUCUGUUGCUGCUUUGCUGGUAAAGAUUAGCCUUCUCACAGCUCAGGGCUAAAAGGUAAAGCACCACGCGGUACAUACAGUGCAGCUCAGUGCACACUGUAUUCUGCAGUGACGACAGCACUAAGCAAUGUGAGGGCCUACAGCUGCCUGCCAAAAGGUGAACAGCCAGUGAUUUUUACCAAACUGAUGAUUUUUGUGAGGUGAUUAAAAAAGUGUAUGGUCUCUUUGGUAACAGUCCCUCAGGUAACAUUUCCCCACUCAAAUUAAUCCCAAAAUACUGUAAGCAAAAGGCUGAAUUUUCUGUACAUUCGCAUGAUUCUUGUAUGUUAUUUGUACAGUGUGGGGCCUCGUUUUAAUAAAGUUUCACAUAGU